AUGUCUACAGCCGCUGCCCCAAAAAGGAGAUCCUUCAAGACCUACUCUUACAAGGGUGUCGACCUUGAGAAGAUGUUGGAGAUGCCAACGGAAGAAUUCGUCAAGUUGGCCCCAGCUAGAGUCAGAAGAAAGUUUUCCCGUGGUUUGUCUUCCAAGCCAGCUGGUUUGAUGAAGAAGUUGAGAGCCGCUAAGUUGGCUGCUCCAGAGGGCGAGAAGCCAACUGUCGUCAAGACCCACUUGAGAAACAUGAUCGUUGUUCCAGAGAUGAUCGGCUCCGUUGUUGGUGUUUACAACGGUAAAGCCUUCAACCAAGUUGAGAUCAAGCCUGAGAUGGUCGGCCACUACUUGGGUGAAUUCUCCAUCUCUUACACUCCAGUCAGACACGGUAGAGCUGGUGCCACCACCUCCCGUUUCAUCCCAUUGAGAUAA